GUCCUUUGGGGACUUUCCUGUAAUGUCAUAUCAACAGCGUGUGUCAGUUCGAGGAAGGAGGGAAUGAAAGCAGGUUUCCCAAAGGCAACUGCACCCGCGCUGAGGCCGGGACCUGCUCGGCGUUUGCGAAACAUAUGGAUAUGUGCUGCCCUUUCUGGCCUUUUCGUAUCGAAAACUCAGAAGACCAUGGCGUCCGAGCCCAAGUACCUGCUUGCUUUUGGGGAUAGCCUAACAGAAGGCUACUACAACUAUGGGACCAGGUUUCACCCGUACUCGCUGAAGUUGCAGCAGCUGCUGGAUGAGAACGGCUAUAACGUGAAGGUUUCCGAGCGAGGACUUAGCGGCGAGCGAGUUGUAGAUGACCAGCCGGACUCGGGCAUGGUGGUGCGCCUGCCCAAGCUGCUGGACUACUCAGCAGCCGAGGGGCGGAACUUCAGCUGGGUGGUCAUUCUGGGCGGCAUCAACGACAUAGGCUGGGGUGCCGACCCGUACACGGUCUUCACCGGCCUGCAGUCGCUGUACGACACGAGCCGCCGCCACGGCGCCCGCGUGCUCGCACUGACCUGCCUGGAGACCGCCACGUCGCGAUCCGACACCAAACCCAAUGACGAGCGCAGCAGGCUGAAUGCACUGAUUCGCGGCGCGGGCGAGGAGGCGGAGGCGCGCGGCGACGCGGGCUUUGCGGUGCUUGAUCUGGAGCCGCUGCUGCCCUUUCCGCGCGACCGUUAUGACGCCGCGGGCGAUGCGCUGUGGGACGAUGGACUGCACCUAACACCGGCGGGGUACGACCGACUAGCAGAGAUCAUCUAUCAGGGACUACGGGACAAACUGGAUGACGGUUAGCGGUUAGCUUGGGAAGUUGGGGGCAUUAGCAGGAGGGCAGCAUGUGGGGUUAUAAGGUUUCCUUUCAGCAUCACUAACGCGCGUCAACGUACGGCAUGGAAGGGCGGUAGGGGGCUAAAAUGCAUUCUACUCCUUUCAGAGGUUAUGAAGGUAUCGUACAGUUCUAACACUGGCUGUAAGCCGUGUUAGUUCGCAGCUAGGCCAACACCGUUCCAGUGCUGUGAGCUGUUCCAGCGUUGUUCGUAUAUCGGCUGUUUAAGCGUUUUCAAAUAUCGCACCGACAAUGUAAAUAUCUGCAUGGAGGGGAGAAUG